UUUUGUCUCCACCAAUACUGACGAACUCUAGGUGAUAUUAACAGGAUUUUCAAAGAUGUUUCAUAGCUCUAUUACUAAUUGAACAUAUAUUCUACACCCUCAGUGAUAAGAGCCUAUAAGAACCUGACUAAUAAUCGCUGCGGCUUCUGUAAAUAUUCCUUAUGAAAGUCCAAAAAACGUUUCAGAAAACACGACCAACAAGUCAAGUUUUAAGAAGAGCGAAAUAAUGCCGUAACUUAAAAGCGAUUGCGAAUACAGGACAAUUUGCUAACAUGCGGUGCCGUUUGAGGCGAUGUUCAGCACUCUAUCUGCAGCUACUGACCAGACAUCGCCCGUCGUCAGUUCCUCGGGGUGGCGGUAGUGGAGGAGCAGCGGGCCAGCGGCAGGGUCAGUGUUGUGUCUGGUUCGGUGUGGAGAGGACAGGCGCUCCGUCCUCUGUGUGUCAAGCUCCCGGUCGAACGCUGCCACGCCGCGUCGCCUCUGCUCUCGCUCUACCGUACUUUCUCUGAUUCUGGAUAAUUUUCGCACCGUACCUCUACUACAUUCAAAAGGCUCUAGUUGAAAUUAUAAUAAAGAAGACUAUAGUCAUUCCUUGAAGAGGAAAAAAAAUAAGGGCACAGAGAACGUGGAGUUAACCCCACAAAGCGAACACUGAAAAAAAAAAAAAAUAGAAAAGAAAACGUAACCGCACAGAGUUAUUCAACGGUGUGGAGAACAAACCUUACGAUAAUUAAACUACUGAGAGUGGAGAGGAUGGCAUCGUCCACUUGAGGAGGAGGAUCCGGCCUUGUGGAACUGUCAUCGAGAGAAGGAAAGGAUACGAGAGAAAAAAAUAAAAUAAAAUUCACAACAACAGGUACACAGUAGAGAAAUAAAAGCUAAAAAAAAAAAAAGAAUCACGUUAGGGGGUGUUGUUAUAAAGGCAAGACGCCCUCAACGCUGCACAACGUAACUUUCGUCUCUGUCGCCGCCAUGAGGAGCAGCAAUCACACCUUCAGAUACCUGACCGCCACACAGGCCCAGUACCUGCCGCAGGAGGUCAAUUUUUGGACCAUGGCCAUCGUAGCAGUAGGGACAGGCUUCAUUCUGACGGUGGCUGUCUCCAUCUACUUGAUCUGCCAGACGCGGCUGGAGCGCCCCCUGGCGGUCCGUCAGCAGCGCACGGUGCGGUACAUCAGCCACGGCCCAGAUAUCUACCUGCGCCCUCACCAGUGUCCUCCUACCAACGCCCCGCACCUCGACGACCUGGCUUUGACUCCCUACCACCUCCAGGAACCUCCGGAAGGAGCCACUGCCUCUCUCCAUUAACCUGCCACCCGCUUGCCUACCGUGACUGAAGAAGGGUCGUGGUGACACAAACAGGAAGGCAGUUUGAAUAUAGAGUUUCGUUUAGAUCAGCUUCGUGAAGCAAUGCAAAGCAGUCAGUGACAUUAAGACUAACGGGAUUCAAAGCACAAAUUAAAUCAUAAAUACAUUUUACGUUAUUAUGAAGAACAUUCUCCUUAUCCACCAUCACUGCCACCUUCCCACGUUAUUACAACACCACAAUGAACAAUACAGCAUGAUAUUAACACAUCGAUUCAUGCACACAUCCCCUGCCCACAGACCCACAGUGACUUCCCUCGACAGGAUCCUUACGCUCUAUUAACACAGCAUCACAGCAUUACACCACAACACCACAACACAAAAGCACACCACACCACCACAAACCGAUACACAAAAGCGCUCCACACCACCACAAACCAAUACACUAAAGCCCUAGACCACAACAUAAGGUAACACAACACAUCAUUACACAACAACCACAGCACAGCACCACACAAGACAGCACAACACAGCACCUCCUUACCCGCGUCCCUCACUCCUCGGUUAAUAAAUUCGUGAUGGAUUGAAGAGAACAGUGAAAAGAAUAACGUCCCACCCUUCACUAUUAGAUUAUUAAUAUACGUGAUUAGAGAGAGAGAGAGAGAGAGAG